GGCUGUCUUUACAGUCACUGAGGAAAUUUUUAUUCACCGAUUCACCGAACACCAGAACAAGGCAUGGCUGGGAAGCCUUUCCGGGCCACCUACAUCUGGGGAAGCAUCAUCUCUAAUCUCCACACUAACGUGGAGGUCAAGCGCCGGCGCCACAACCUGAAGUCCUACCAUGACUGCUUCCUGGGCUCAGAGGCCGUGGAUGUGGUUUUGGCACACAUCACCCUGAACCGUUUCUUUGGUGAAGAGGCGGUGCCCCGCUACAAGGCCGUCCGCCUCUGUCAGGCCCUGAUGGAAUCGAGGGUGUUUGAGCCGGUGGGCGUUAAAGUAUUUGGGAAGGAAAAAAAGCGAGCCACAUUUGAGGACAGUAGUUGCAGUCUGUACAGGUUCCUGAGCCCAACGACCAGCUCCUUAUCAUCACUGACCAACGCCAAUUCUCACUCCACUAGUACCAUAGAGAGCGGCUAUGACUCACCGAGCAUGAAACGGAACAAGAACAGCUAUGGUCCGUCACGUGAAAGACAAGAGGCACUGAGCUACUCCACCAUCUCACCCGUGAAAUCAGACAAAUCAGUGGAGGACGUGCUGGGAAACCUCAACCUGAGCUCGACCAUCACCCCUCAGAUGAUCAACCUCGGCCUCUCACAACAGCUUGUGGAUGAGGUGUGGCACCAGCAGGCGGUGUUCAGACUGUUGCAGCUGAUAGAGCUCCCCCUGUUGGAGAACUUGUUAGAGGGUAGAGACACAUCGCGGCCUCCCCUGCACGGCAUGGACAGUGACCCUGACCUGUUGUACACAUCUAGCUACUUAGACCGAGAGGUCCUCAAGGCCUUCAGUGAAGCACAGGCUGAUGAGUGGAUGUCAGGGGCAGUGGACUGUCUAGAGUUUCUGCCUGAUGAACUGGUGGUGGAGGUCAGUCGAGGUUUGUCUGGUUGUGCCGGCGACCUGCUCCAGUGUAAGAGGCUACUCUAUGAGGUCCUGGCUCAGCAUUACGGACACACACAGCAGCCACCUCUGCUCAACAACCACGUUUUCGACAUUCACUCUGGCAUCUCGGAGCUACUCGUGAACGGCAAGCAGGAGCAAGCUCUAGAGACUCUGCAGCUCAGCCUGAAGCUGCAGGACUCUCGCAGCAGGGAGGAGCUACGCAGGCUCCUCAGAUUCAUGGCCGUCGCAGCCAAACCACAGGAAGUCAAACUGCACAAAGAGAUUGAGAACCGGAUGGCGGUGAAAAGGUCUUUCUCAAGUGCAAUCGUCUACAGCAGACGACUCUCCAAAGGAAAGGUGGACUUGAUGGUUCUGUUCAUGAUGGACAACCACUGUGAUCUGUUCAAAAUUCCCGUUUCAUUGCACAAGAUGGUCAGUGACAGAAUAAUGAAUAUCGUGAAAGGGAAGGAUCCAGAUAUGAUAACAGGAUCAGCAUACUGCACAAGACUGAGUGCUAAGGCAUAUUCAGAAAAUGCACAAAAAACCACUAAAGAGGAACUUUGGUCCUUACUACGGGCGAUCCAUGAGAACCCUAAACUCUCCAGCAAAGAAAAGAGACGCCUCAUGGGACAGUUUUAUAAAGGCCACCCAGAGAUUUUUGUGCAGUACUUUGGAAAUAGAUUGUCCACUGUCAACAUGUUGCUACAGUGAUAUUUAUUAGUUUAACAUGCAUUACGAUGUAAAAAGAGGACAAAAGCUAAUGUGAUGUAAAUUAUGUGCACUAGUGUAAGUGGAUUUUAUUUGCUUGUAUGUAAAUAGUUUAGACUACUGAACAAGAAUGUGAUUUAUUUAUUUCAAUUUCUUUGGUGCAGGACACUAACAUGAAAUGUGUGUGUCAGCUAUAUGUGAGACUGUUACUUUCCCAGAUGACAAAAAGAACCAAGUGUUCUUCUUCUUCUUUUUUCCACACUGCAGUGCGUCUUGUUGGCGUUCUGUGUCUGCAGCCAGUAAGGACAAGUCUAUAUGUGACUUUUCAAUGGAUAUAUUCUAUGUGCUUGUGCAAUAGGAACAGUGUUAGCAAUCAAAAUGUGUCUGUUCAUGUGGUUUCUCAUAUACAAUGCGAUGCACAGUGAGAGGAACCCUCAAAACGGAAAUUUGAUCCUGGAAAUUUAAAAGUCUGAUGUUGUGCUGUAGUAAACAGUCAAGGACAUUCAUGAGGAUCAGCCCUCUGGGUUUUUGUUUUGGUUGCAACAAAGCAGCAAAACAGAUGUUUGCAAGUUUCUGUUUUUUUUAACUAAAACCAUAGCCGCGUUUUAGUGGCAUUUUCAUGGUUGUAUUUUAAACACGGUUUAUGUACUCUUUCAAAUCAGCUGAGGAAAUCGCUUCCACAUUCCCAGACUAAGUUUGACCCACACACAUCGUGUUCAUAUUUUGGCCGGACUUAAUAAAAUUAAACUUGACUUGUCAAACAUU